GCAAGUAAAUCCAGAGGGCCGGAAAACAAGGAAACACCUCCCUGGCAUAUAUGGCCACGACCAAACUGACAUGGGGUGCGAACCCGUGCGUGAUGAUUUUGCAGUUUGCUCCACCUCUACCAGGAAACAAGCCUUCGGGAAAUUCCUAGCAGAGGCUAAAGGGCUGUGGAAACCGCUAAAGCUCUCUUUGCGUGUGGUGAACCCUUCCAGAGGACAAAAUGGCAGCUGAAUCGAUCAUCCGGAUCCCUCCGUAUUACUAUACCCAUGUCUUGGAUCAGAAUUCAAACGUGACUCGAGUGGAAGUGGGACCCAAGACCUACAUCCGUCAGGACAAUGAGAGGAUUAUCUUUGCUCCUGUGAAGAUGGUGACGGUCCCCCCGCUCCACUACUGUAUCAUCCGCAAUCCAGUGGCUCGUGGAGCAGAUGGUGAGGUCCAGCUUGAUGCUCUGGGCCAGGUGCGGCUCAGACAUGCUGACCUAGAGAUCCGACUGGCUCAGGACCCCUUCCCUCUGUAUCCUGGGGAGGAGCUACAAAAGGAUGUUACACAUCUGCAGGUCGUCUUAGCCAACACUGCCCUCCAUCUGAAAGCCCUGCUGGACUUUGAGGAUGACCGGGGCAACAAAUUCGUUGCUGGAGAUGAAUGGUUGUUCGAAGGGCCUGGCACCUAUAUCCCACAAAAGGAGGUUGAAGUCGUGGAGACCAUCCAAGCAACUGUCAUUAGGCCCAACCAGGCCAUAAGACUUCAAGCCCGGAAAGAGUGCAAAGACAGAGAGGGGAAUAAACGUGUGACAGGUGAAGAGUGGCUGGUGAAGCGGGUUGGAGCUUACCUGCCAGGUGUGUUUGAGGAAGUGGUUGAUGUUGUGGAUGCCUUUGUCCUGACUGAAAAGAAAGCGCUGCAUCUCCGGGCCCUCAAGACCUUCAAGGACUCACAGGGCAUCAUGAGGAAGACGGGAGAAGAGUGGCUGGUCACCAUGGCUGACUCUGAGGCCCACAUUCCCGAUGUUUACGAGGAAGUGCUGGGUGUGAUCGACAUUACCACCCUCAACAGUUGCCAGUACUGUGUGGUUUGUGACCCAGUGGAUAUGGAUGGGAAACCCCAACUUGGCAAGAAGAAAGUGAUCCAGGGGGAGGUAUCCUUCUUCCUGCAGCCAGGAGAGCACCUGCAGCAGGGGAUCCAGAGCAUCUACAUCCUGUCAGAAGAAGACGGCCUCCUGCUCCGUGCCAUCCGCCCCUUGGAAGAUGUGACUGAGGAUGGGGAGAAAAUUCUGCGGAAGCCGGGAGACCGUUGGCUGAUCCAGGGCCCCCUGGAGUACGUCCCACCGGCGGAGGUGGAGGUCCUUGAGCAGCGCCAUUCCAUUCCCCUGGCUGAGAACGAGGGCAUUUACGUGCGGGACAUCAAGACAGGAAAGGUCCGAGCUGUAAUUGGCCACACUUACAUGCUGUCCCAGGAUGAGGAGCUGUGGGAGAAGGAGCUGCCCCCUCAUGUGGAGGCCCUCUUGACCCUGGGGAGAGACCCCGUUGUCGAUCGUUCCAAGGAUUCUUCCGAAGCGGGGAUCGAGGUGCCUCGUGACAAGACACGGACGGUGUCUUACCGUGUGCCCCACAAUGCAGCUGUGCAAGUCUAUGAUUACAAGGCACGCAGGUCCAGGGUGGUUUUCGGCCCAGAGCUUGUCCUCCUUGGGCCAGAUGAACAGUUCACAGUACUCAGUCUGUCUGGGGGUCGGCCCAAACGUCCCCAUGCUCGCCGUGCUCUCUGUCUCCUCCUGGGACCUGACUUCUUCACUGACAUCAUCACCAUUGAAACAGCUGAUCAUGCCCGGCUGCAGCUCCAGCUGGCCUAUAACUGGCACUUUGAGAUUCCCGCUCCUGCUGAAGCAUCCCGGCUGUUCAGCGUCCUGGACUUUGUGGGUGAUGCCUGCAAGACAUUAGCCUCCCGCAUCCGAGGGGCCGUGGCUGCUGUCACGUUUGAUGACUUCCAUAAGAACUCAAACCGCCUGAUCUGUGCUGCCGUGUUCGGGUUUGAUGGAGAAGGGGCCCUGCGCACUUCCUUGCGCUUCGCCCCCAAUGGCCUCGUCAUCAGCAGCAUCGACAUCCAGAGCGUGGAGCCUGUGGACCAGCGGACGCGUGACUCCCUGCAGCGCAGUGUCCAACUCGCGAUUGAGAUCACCACCAACUCCCAGGAGGCGGCUGCCCGGCAUGAAGCAGAGAGGCUGGAGCAAGAAGCCCGAGGACGUCUUGAGCGGCAGAAAAUCCUGGACCAGGCGGAGGCGGAACGUGCCCGGAAGGAGCUGCUGGAGCUGGAAGCUCUGAGCACGGCUGUGGAGAGCACAGGGGCCGCCAAGGCUGAAGCCCAGUCACGAGCAGAGGCGGCCCGGAUCGAGGGCGAAGGGGCAGUCCUCCAGGCCAAGCUGAAGGCCGAGGCGAUGGGCAUAGAGACCGAGUCAGAGCUGAAGCGCCUUGCCCAAGCCCGGGAGCAGGAGCUGCGCUUCAACAAAUCUCAGGCCGACCUGGACGUGGCUCACGCACAGGCGCUUGCUGAGGUGGAGGUGAAGAAAUUUGAGGCUGUGAUCCAGUCCCUGGGGCCCGACACAAUCCGCGCCAUCGCUGUGUCUGGACCAGAGAUGCAGGCAAAACUCCUCCAGGGCCUGGGGAUCCAAUCUACCCUCAUCACGGAUGGUUCCUCCCCUAUCAACCUCUUCACAGCUGCAGGAGGGCUGUUGGGGAUUAUGCCAAAGCCCUCUUAGGGCUGAUCGGAGCUGGGCAUGGCCUGCUUCAGCUGAGAUUCCUGAAGUGCCUUGGAGAUGACAUGGGCCAGGCCAGGCCGGGCUGGGCCUUCGCCUUCCCCGCAUCCAUGCGCCACAUUAAUCCAAGCAAAAACAAAAUGCAUUUUGCUCUCUG